CAGCAGCACGUUGAAUUCACCAAAACAGGACACGACGAAGGGGGAGAGUAACACACACUUCUCUUCCGACUGUCGUUUGGACUCGCACUCGAUGAAGUGUCCGCGGCGCAGACUUUUUACUCUCCAGCUACGUUGGAUAAACUGAUGACAACUUUCUAUCCUUUUCCGUUCGUUUACUCGCAUCGACAGUAGUUUUAUGACCAUGACGGGCUUGGCAUGUGAGGUCUGCCUCACCAAACAUAAAGUGGUCUUCAGUUACAGGCAACACAUACAAUCAUCUGAACAUCGCCAGAAAAUGCAAGAUGUUUUCCCAGGCGAUAUUUCCAAAAAAUCUGGCCGUUUACCCUACAUUCCUUUAAUGUGUCCGCGAAAGAAUCAUGAAAUCGAACAGUACAACAUAGACUUGUCCCGGCUGACUCUGUGUUUCACUCCGGGGCCACAGGCUGAUUUUUAUCUGUGCCAUAUCUGUGAGGGUAAAUGUUCUCAAAACGCUAUCGUACCACACCUCUUCUCUGGAGACCAUUACUCCAACAGCAUUAGCUACACAGAUCCCAACAAGCUGAGGUUCUCCUGGAUCCCUUGCAAGAACGACGAACCGUAUCCCUUGCAUGAGGACGUGGAUAAAAGAGUGCCCCGACAUCUGCAGAUGCUGCAUUUGCCCCCGAAACUGAUGAAAAAGCUUGAAUCAAGCACCUACUCGGAAGUGAUGCAAGUCCUGAGUGAGAACGACAAGCUUCUCAAGCUGAUGGAAGCCGUCCUGCCCAAAAGAAUAAUGAUUGAAACAUACCAAAAAGACAGCAAGAGGAAACACGCACUACUUGGUAUGCAGCACAUUGUCGAAUGCAUUUGCGGCGAGAGGCGACACUACCUGUGCACGCUCUGCAGACUAACAAUACCCACGCACAUGAUCAUCAAACACGUCCUGAGCUUUGACCACCUCUUCUGCUAUUUUAAAGCGUGGCAUCCUAAUACGUUGCUGUCAAAGGAAUGCUACACGAACUACACCACGGCCUUUUCCUCCUUGAUGCUUAGUCUCACUGAGCAGACGCAGAAAAUCCACGGAACUGACAACGCUGCUAUGAAGCAAGUGAUCCUGGAGCCUGCUGAAUUCAAUUCAAUAAAUUUCACGUGCUAUAAAGAAGCCUUGGAGAAACUGGAAUCCUUCAAGAAGAGCAGCUUGACAACGACCGUAACACCAGGGAGCAAACUGAGUACAUGUGCUGCGUGGUCUUCAAAUCGCGUGGCAAUUUGCAAACUCCGCUGUCAAGGCUGCAAUAUGGUCUUUGACAGGAUAAUGCAGUUUACAAAACACUUCACAAAACAUUCACACCAGCAGAAAAUGAGGAAAUACUUCAGCGAUGCAGAUUGUGGUGGUUACAACCAACCAGUGAGAAUUUAUCUGAACAUAUAUUCGUACAUCGAGUCCAAGAAGGAAACUCAGCCAGUUGUUGGGGUUCCCCUGGUUGUGACGAUCAUCACCACAGAUGCCGAGGUUGAGUCGGCCCAUGUGUGUUUCGCCUGUCGUGAGUGUUUCUAUGACUCCGGUCUGACGCAACACUUUGAGUCUCGGAAACAUCUCAUAAACACACUGCUGUACCAGAAUCCGUGGCGGCUGCCGUUCGCCUGGGAGAACAAUCUGGAUGAAGCAAAGCUGAGGUCACUGGCAUGGAAGGAGCAGGAGGAAAGGGGAGAAGAUCACAUAAUGCUCAAGGUUCUUGAUCUUCCAUACUCGGUGUUUGCGAGCCUUGAUCCUCUUCAUUACCCAACAGUGAUGAAGCAACUUGCGCUGCACCUCACUCUCUUAAAGCGAGACGUUCCAUAUUGUGAAACUUACAGCAAGCUCCAAGAAAAUUACAAAUUUCCUCAGCUAGGAAAACAGUUUAUGGUCAUGUACACUGAGCCAGAACAUGGGAUCGUGAGAGAGAAAUUUCUGUGUUUACUUUGUGAGCGGAGACUGUUAGCGGAUGAAUUUUAUGGACACGAAUUCAGUCGCAAACAUGUUGAAAAUUUUCUGAACCGUUUACACCCGGGCUCGCUGAAUUCCACUACUAAUAACGCAGACAUCUUACUGGACUUGGCAAAACAGGCAGGACUGUUCCAUCGCACCUUGCACAUACAGGAGAUACAUUUGGACACUCCCAUUUGGGAGCCAUGCACGUAUAACAAAACAAAAUCAAUCCUGGCAUCUGUUAAGAAGAGAAAAUCCAAAGAAAAGCUUGAUCCUCCAAUAAAACCGCAAAUGAAGUUGGUUCCCAGAGAAAGUCUAAAAGAGGUGGACCACAAACCCGUGGAAGGCAGUGAUCAGCAAAAUGACACCAACAAGCUCUGUGUUGAAAAUGAACAACAUGAAGAAAAGGAGGAUGAGAUGCCCACAAUAAAGGAAAAAGAACCCCAGGCGGCACCAGAAGAGCUUGGGACUUGUUCAGAAGAGAUGAAAGAUGCUGAUGAGACGUGCUCGGUGGAAAAGGAGAAGACGGAAGAUACUUCAUUGACUAAACCAAGUGGGGAAAUGCCAGAAAGCUGCCAGAACACAGACAAAGAGGAAGAAGCAGAUGCUGAAAUAGAAAGAGGAAACAGUAAUGAAAAUGCCUCCACAGAUGUGAAGAAUCACUCUUCCAAAGUGAAUAAAAGAAAACGGCCAAACAGUGAAUCUGAAGCUUCACAUGAGAACACAAGUUGUAAUAAAGAUGUCGAGGCAGAAAUUGAUCAUAAAAGGAUGCGUGUCUCCUCCAGUGAAGACGCAUGUUCUGAAGAACCCUCAACAAUGCCAAAUUGUGAACAAAAGGAUGAAAACACAGCAGAUGUGAAAGAGACCUGCAAGGCAGAAACUGAUACAGGUUUAAGUAAGCUUCUAAAAUGCCAGUGUGAUAACCACGACCCAAUCUACCUCUGUGAAUCCUGCACUCUGAGGUUCUCAGAGAAGGACGUCAUCAGCCACAUUACUAGCCUUGACCACCCGAAGAUGUGUCUGAUGGUUGUUGAAUUGGAUGAAGAGGAUUAUAGAGAGAUCUCAAAACAAAGUCAUGCAUCGGCCAUACAGAGAGUGAAGGCGAUUCAGGCCCAGCAGGACGGCAGAUGUGAGCUCCCUUCAACCUCAGCCUCAUGCCGUGUUGAAUCUACGGACAUUUCAGACGACCACACUGAGGAGAUGAAGAUCGAUGAAGAUCCUGACUCGGAAGCAGCUGUGGACAUGUCCGUGAUUCCUGAGACCACCUCCAAAACUGCUCAAGUCCUCUCUGAAUUAAAGGAAGAGGACACAGUGACCGACAUCCAAGUGCCUGUGUCAGAAGACAACUCUCCCACCUCUCCGGCUGUUCCCAGCAGUAGAAAAGAAAAACCAAGUGCAUGUGCGACCACACGUGGGGUGGAUGAAACCUGUUUACCUCCUGAAAACACGAAAAAUGACUCCAAGGCGUGUAUUACUCCAACUGUGGAAUCAUUAAAAAUGGCAACCACUUGCACCGUUGAAGAGCCUUCAGCAGCUGGAGCCUCCAUCUCCACUGCAACUACCUCUACAUGUGUUUCAACCUCUUCCAAAAUGACAGCAACCACUUCUGCCUCAAGUGAGACCGUACUGAGUGCUUCCAAAGUAAAAGCCACGCUAUGUAAGGCAACACCCACCUCUCAAACCGGACCCUCGGUGGUACAUGAUGUGCCUUCCUGCACAAUGGAAAAUCAUCCUAAAUAUUUUCAAUCUGCAUCAAAAGCUACCGUUCAGUCUCAGACUGUGGCAACAUCUGUCGAAGUGAAGCAUCUUCCUGAAACAUCCGUUAAAAGUGUAAAUACCGAGGCUUCUGCCAAGACUGCACAUGCGAGCAAUUCAGUUUGCGCAACGCCCAGUGUUGGACCUCAUGUUCAUAAGAGUAUCCCACCCAGGGCCCCCCCUCUGACCACGGACAUGCCUGCCCAAUCUGAACACAAGAAGUUAUCUCAUUCGUCCACAACCGACACAAAGCCGAGUACAAUCUCUCCGAAUGUUGGCGCCAGUCAGCUCAUUAUAGUGACGUGCAACGGAAAGCAGCAAGUCUACUGUCGGCUGUGUUCGCUCAGGAUGAAAACUUCCGGACACCUGAGGGACAUUAGACACCAGCAGAAAUAUGUGUUACACAGGUACCCUGGAUGGACCGCAGAACCAUCAGAAUGGGAGAGCAAAUUGAACAGCACUGUGGCCCACUUGGCUAAGGUUGAAAAAAGAUCUACAAGCAGUCAGAUGAUAGAAGUGAAGAGUGACUUGUACAAAGCGUUAUCUGAGCUCCCAGAGGACAAAGCUGUGGAAAAACUGAAAACAAUGGUGAGACCAAACUCCACAAACAGUACUGCGUGUCAAGGCUUUGGCAUGAGCAGUCCAUGUGAAGUUUCAAGCUCAGAUGACGGAAUCACCGUGGGGAAUCCUUCAGCAGAUCCUCAGGACACUGACUCGACCUACGAACUGAUCGACCUGUUUGCCCAAAUCCCCGAUAGAUUCUUUCGAGAUACAGAACAACAGAACCAGUUAAGCCACAGCGAAGACCGUGGUCCAGAACCAGGAAAUCACAAUGCAUUACAGGCACCCCCAAGAAUUUUAAAAGGGGAACCGACUUCCGUCUCCAAUCGUUUGUCGUCGUUCCUGAGCGUAAAUAAAAUGGACUCUUUGCCCAUCAUUGGUUUGAACUCUAUGUGGGAGUGCAGAGGAAUAUCUCUGAAUCCAUUCUACUUAUGUGAGAGCUGCAGGACGACGCUCUCACUGAGUGAAAUCUGCGAUCACCUGGUCAGCGCUUAUCACCACCUCCAUUACAUGCUGCAGCAUUACCCUCAGUUCAUGGAGUGGAUUAAGGACAAGGAUCUACUCCUGGAGAUGAAAUAUGAAAUUCUGUAUGACGUCGCCCGGAAGGUUUCACUGCGAGAACGUUCCUACAAGUAUGAUGUUCAGGGUAUAAUGCUGGAACCAGUGUUGUAUGAAAGAGUCCGGACAGCUCCAUUCAUUGAAGCUUUAAAAACGGUGCGUAGGAUCAAGAACCAAGAGAAACUCACCGCCCACUAUCUACCCAUCAGUAACCCACAACAAAAGAACUCUCAGCCUAAGAAGAACCGAGACAAAUCACUGUCCACAGAAACACAGUCAGUGCAAGCACCAAAAACAAACCAGAGACAUGGCAAAGAAGUUGAACAAAAAUCUAAUUUAGAAGAGACUGCAAUGGUUGGAGGAAGAAGAGCCGUGAGUCCUCUGGAUGUGAACGUUUCCUCAUCCAUGGCUGCGUCUGAUCUCUCUCAGUUUCCUAGAGCCGGCACAAGUCUUCUUUCUGCACAGGCAGAAUUCACACCCAUACAGACACAAUCUCAGUUUUCUACCGUAAAUACUCCAGUCGGUCCCGGAGACGAAAGCCUCUCAGCCAGAAAGCGUCCAGCUGAUAAAUCUGUUGAAACACGGGUCAGACCUUGCGUCACCAACCCGCUUGAAGACAGUUUGCCAGCCAAACGGAGUGACUACAUGCUGCAGCCCGUUAAUGAGCACAGCUCUGGAUCAGCCGCAUCAGAGUUCACUGUUGUUCCCCCUGCUGUGACCCCCACCCCGCUGUCUCUUCAGGUCAAAGACGCAGAAACUGAAUGUGAAGAGCACAACGCACACGCUGUGGACUUGUUAUUGCGUCUAAUAUCUGUGGUCAGAAAGGAAAGAGCCAGCUCCUGUGCUAACACUUCAUCUCAUGGUGUGGAAGGAAACUUGGAUUCAGAAUCUAAAACUCAAAUCAAUAACACAAGAUGGGAGUCUCAGGUUUUUCCGACCACUACAAAAGAAGAUAUAAGCCUCUGUAACUCUUCUGAAGGCAUGUUUUUGACAGAAUCCUCUGUUCACCAACACAUCGCGCCCAGCGCCAGGACUGCUUCCUCGGCCAUCAGUUCAUCUUUUGAGGACGGCUUGAUCGGUGGCAACUCUUUGUGCACAACGACAGCAGGUGAGUCUGUUGUUGCCACAGUACCCGUCACCACCACCGCUGCCGAGCCCAGUGUUGCUCUUCAAAACGUCCCAGGAAAUGUGAGCCCAUCUGGGUCUGUUUGUGCUGCCACGACCUUUCACCCAGAGCAGAUGCAAAGGUCACAAGCUGACACAGUGAUUUACGGGACACCUAUUAACACCAUAACAAGAGCCAGGACACACGCUGUACAACGGGUCCACACUGAGGUGAACACACUUAAAACGGGAAGCUCCAGUGACGCCUCGUUUGAAGGGUGUAGUCAAUACAACCAAAUGUCUCAUGCUCCAAGUCAACACACAGGUUGUUUUCCUCCUUAUGUUGCACCCAACAUCACACCUGUCUACACUUGGGAUUUAAAUCCGCAUGUGGUGUCUCCUUCAGCCGGGCUCUAUUCUGGCCAGAUUUACCCACAGCAGGGAGUCAAUUACUACGGACUCCAAACAUUUUGCCACAGUUUAGCAGCUCCCCGGCCCCCACAAUGUGAGAGUCUGGAAAUGCAGCAGCAGCAUCAGCAGCAACAACAUCAGCCGUUCUUAUGGAGAGGUGAUGUGUGACCAGUGAUGUAAGAGGAGAUAUUCAGUUCUACCACAAAGAUCUGUUUAAAUGUCCAGUUUUAUUUCCACACGUUCAGAAUGUGAAAACGUUACAUUGUUCUAUUUGUUAAGCUUUUUGUAUGUUUGUUUUUCAUCAUACAUUUGUGUUCACUCAAGUGUUUUUUUAUUUUAUUUUUUUAAAAUGACUCUUAGCAACUCUGUGAAUGUGGGAAUUGUGUUAAAACUGAUGUUUGCAUUAAAGUUUGUCAGUAUUUGUGAAACAGCAUAUUAAGCUACCGUGGGCUGUCUCCAUUUAUAGCAGCAGUCAUUUGCUGUAGUUUCUGGAGCAGUUUUAUAUUGUCAUUUUAAUGACAUUGUAAAUUUGAGAUAUGAUUUGUUUGUUUUUUCUCGCUAUCUGUUGAAUUAAACCUUACAGUGUGGUAGCUGAGGACUCUG